CCCCAGGCUACAGCCUCUCUUUGGUGGGGGGAGGGAACCCAGCCUUCUGGAGAGGGAAGGAGUGGGGGGGCUCUCCCCCCUCACCAGCAUCUCACCCCCUUUCACCAUUUAGGUCUCUGCCAUGUGGGGCUGGGCCCUGCUCCCCGUCCUGCUGGCCAUCUGGGGCACCGUGGGCUUCUGGGUGGUAUACGCCAUGUCCGUGGCCAACGGGUCUGUGAACGUCACAGUCGGGUUCCCGUAUAUCAGCACCUGCGGCUCCGACCCUCCCCAGAGCUGCAUCUUCAGUCAAGUGCUGAACGUGGGGGCGUUUCUGGUCGUCUGGAUCAGCUGCCUGAGGUUCCAGCAGGUUCGGGACUGGGGGGGUCCCUGUGCCCUGAACGCGGCCGGCCUCUGCCUGGGGCUGCUCUGCGCCCUGGGAGCCUCCGUCGUGGGCAACUUCCAGCAAAGUAACCAGCUGGAGACUCACUUGUUUGGGGCGUUUCUGGCCUUCGUCGUGGGCGUCGUUUACUUCUGGGUCCAGGCGGCGCUGACCAAUCGGGUGAAGCCGCAGCGCGGCGGGCGCUGGAUCGGACCAACCCGGUUCUGUCUCAGCGCCGGCAGCACGGCCCUGCUCGUGGCCAUGUUCGCUCUGCACGGGCUGGGGCUGCGGUCGGAAGCCGCCGCCUGCGAAUGGACCUUGGCCCUGACCCUCUUCCUCCUCUUCGGCCUCUUCGCCGUGGAUUUCCGGCACAUCGAGUCCUGCUCCCUGCGGCUGCAGCGCCAGGCACCUGCCCCCGCCCUGGAGCUGGGCGCCGCCUCCACGCAGAGCCUGGCGCCCUAGGCCCAGCCCUGCCCGGCCAGGCGCCCCCACGGCUUGGGGGCAGGGACCCUUGUGCCCCCCUGGGGCUGGAUGGCCACCCCCAGCUCUUCUCCCCCCCCGCUGGGGGCACUGCCGGCGGGAAGCUCGCAGCGCUGGGGGCUGGCUGGCUGC